AUGGGUAAGAAGCGGCGCUCCUUGCUGGGCUUGGAUCACCACCUGCGCCCGUGCUCGGUGCAGCGGCGUCUGGAGGAGUCGGGGCAGGAGGCGCGCCCGGGGGAGCGGGGGGAGUCCCGUCGCCGUUGCGCAGGGCGCGCGUCCGCAGACGCCGGCGAACUGCUCGGGGAGCAGCGGGCCAGAGUCCCCGAGGAGAAGCCGUCCCGGAAGGCAGCACCGGACUGCACGCAAGGAGGGACCCAGACUGCAGGGACUGGUCUGCACCCCGACACCCGGCGGGAGGGCACGGCCGCGGCUGGCCCGUCUCCCCAGCGCCCAGUUCGGGCCCGCACGCCCCGUCCCCGGGGAAGCCGCCUCGGCCGAGGCCAGGCCGCCGCAGCCCGCGCUACCCGCUUCCCAAAGGGCUACACGGUGGCGGCCGCGCGGCGGGCAGGCGUCCCGGGCACCGCUGUCCGCGCGAGCCUGGCUGUCUGCACCGUGGGCGCUCGCCAGCGGGGCGUGGAAGCCGAGCGCGCGGCCGGGGGUAGAGGAGCGCACCUGCCCUCCGCUGACCCCCGGCGCCUUCCUCACCCCACGCGGGCCCGCGCCGAGGACGUGUGCGUGGUCACUGCUGUGUCGCCAGCGGCCGCAGGCCCUCGUCCCCAGGUGGGGCCUCUCCCCGCCCGGCCUCGCACCUGCCGCCCCGAGCGCUUCCGAGGCCGCGCCGGGCGCCUGCCCCGUGGACCCCCGCCCCGCGUCCGGCGGCUGCUGCGGCCCACGGCCGCGGCUCGGGAGGCGCGAGGGGGCCGCCGGCAGCAGUUCCCCGCGCUGCCCUCUGGCCCCCGCGCCCCGGCGCUCCCCGCACCCGCAGCCCCGGGCGCAGCUCCGCGGUGUCCCGCGUCGCUCCCUCCUCUGCGCGGCGCCGCCCCGGCUCGAGAGAGCCUGCCCUUCCUCGCCGUGCCAGGGCCGCCUGCGGGGCAGGGUCACCGCCCCCACCCGGCCCCCACCCGGUCCCCCACCCCCGCGCCCACGCCGCCACCGCGGCCGCCCCGCCGGCCGGCCCGGCACCCGCGUGCCACUUACCGAAGCUCUGCGGGCGGGCGGACGGCCCCGCGCCCGGCCUCUGCUGCCCUCUGCGGGCCGCGUCCCCGCUAG